ACACAGUUCCGAGUGUUAGUGAUCAUGUAUUUUAUUUCAUUAUAACGAAAAAAGACAUUUUUUUACAAUGAAAGGCGCUAAAAUUAUUAUGCAAAUAAAAAAAAGACCAGUAAUAUGGAACAGGAGUUAUCCUACGCACAGUAAUAAGCAGAUGGUUGCUGCUGCAUGGCGGGCUAUCAAGAAAGUGUUGAAAAUAAGUGUUAAAAAGUUAAAAGAAGAGUGGAAAGACAUGAAUGAAAAACAUCUGCAGGAACUAAUUAAAGAGAUUAAAUAUAAAGCAAAAUGUGGUAGAAAAAGAGAUUCCAAAUGGGCAAAUUAUAAACUCAUGGAUUUCAUGAAGAAAGAACUUCUACCUAGAACUUGUACAUGUCAACAGAAAAAAAGAGCUAUCGCGAAAAAGAGGAACAAUACAAAAAUGGUCCGUAGGAAGGAAGUGACGACUACAGUACGUCAUAGGGAGAAGGAAGAAUACAGUUAGGAUUCAGAUUACUGAUGAAUAUUAAACAGGAAACGCCCUCCAUCUUAAAAUCAGCACUGACUUUCUUUUGGUAUAUUUACUUUACUCUUUGGCACUGACAUCCUGCGGCAGCGAGUGGAGGAUCUUUCAGUUUAUAGAGUGAAUAUUAGAUUUAAGUACUAUAUUUUUCACUCUCUGUAUUUUAUUAUGCCGGUUACAUGAUUAUUAUUAUAGUUUCUCUCCAUUUUCACAGCUUUUCUUUGUUUAUAUGUGUGAUGAGUGUGUGUGUAUUUAAGGGUGAAUGUAAGAAAAAAAGACCUUGUGUGAAAUUAUAUACUUUAACUAACUAUGCAUACUGUUAUAUGCAACAGCGGAUCCAGGGGGAGGUCAUGGGGGUCAUGACCCCCUGAGCUGGUUCCAGGACUUAGGUGGACCACUAAUUGAGUCAAUAUUUUAUUAAUUAUAUUUAAAUAGUGCUUCUCUGAAUGUCUUCAAGAGAAGGUGGCGAUAUGUACGUAUAUAUGUACAAGUUAUUAUGUGUUAAGUGUACAAUAAAGAAUAAAUAUUUUUAAGUACAGUACUUACGUACAUUAAUAAAAUACCUACUUUUUACUUGUAGCUAUUGUUAUCAAAAUUAAAUUAUAAGUUCUUGACUUGACCACGACUAUGUGACCCCCUCCUGGCGCCAAAGCUGGAUCUGCCCUUAGUUGUAUGUUGGCUAAAUAUUAGUAUAAGGUAUUAUUACGCUGUUUAUAAUGA